AUGACGGCAAUGUCCUUGAAAAUUGUGAGAGGUAGGCUUUUGGAUACUAUCCAAGCUACUGCUAAAUACAGUGCUCUGAUAAGCAUGGCAGGUGUACCCAAAGGAAGUGGGGUGUGUCGUCUUUCUUUGAGCGACAACGAUAAGAAUGUGAGGGAUUGGUUCGUGAAAGAAGUUAAGUCGCUCGGUUGUGAAGUCAAGAUUGAUAAAGUGGGUAAUAUCUUUGCCACAUACCCAGGAAAGAAAGAUGGGUUACCAACAGCUAUAGGGUCUCAUUUAGAUACUCAACCUACCGGCGGAAGGUACGAUGGCAUUUAUGGGGUCCUUACCGGUCUUGAGGUACUAAGAACAUUGAAAGAGAACAAGUAUGUUCCAAAUUACCCCAUUAGCCUUGUAAAUUGGACCAACGAAGAAGGAGCAAGAUUUCCAAUGUCGGUCAUGGCAUCGGCUUUAUGGGCUGGCAGGGUAGCGGAAGAUGAAGUCUUUAACCUCAAGUCUGUUAUCGAUACAGAAGCUGUUACAGUUGAUCAAGAAUUGAAUAGGAUUGGGUAUAAAGGUCCAUAUAAAGCUUCAUAUAAAUCAAUACCGCUCAAGGCUCAUUUUGAGCUUCACAUUGAACAGGGGCCGAUACUAGAGAAGGAGGAUAAAAGAGUAGGAAUUGUGACGGGUGCCCAAGCUUACUGUUGGAAUAAAGUCAUUAUCAAAGGUAGUUCUUCACAUACUGGAACCACUCCACUUGAUGUUCGUUCAGAUGCUCUUCUUGCAGCUUCUAAAAUGAUAGUCAAAUGUAAUGAGCUUGCACAUGAAUACAAAGGAUUGGUAUCGGUAGGAGUCUGUGAAGUAAAGCCUAGAGUUGUAAAUGUGAUUCCAAACGAAGUUACUUUUACUUAUGAUGCUCGCCAUCCCCACGAUGAACCCUUAGAGGCUUUGAAUGAAGAGUUAUAUAGUUCAUUCAAGAAUAUCGCGAUAGAAACCCUGGGACCAAAUUGCAAGGCCCCUAUUGAAGUAAGUGUCGAAAAUCUUAUGCGCUCAAAGGCUGUUCAUUUUGAUCCGCAUUGUAUAUCUUGCGUAAGAGAGGCGUCAAUAGAAUUACUAGGUGAGGAAAACGUUAUGGACAUAGUUAGUGGUGCUGGCCAUGAUUCUUGUGCCACCAACAAUGUGUGUCCUACUACCAUGAUAUUCAUUCCAAGUAAAGAAGGUAUUAGUCAUCAUCCCGAUGAAUACUCAACACCACAACAAAUCGAAGAUGGGUUUGAUGUAUUACUUAAGUCAGUACUUAAAUACGAUUCUAAGAGAGUUGAUUAA